AUGGGUCUUCUGGCCUUAGGAACUGCCCUCGAAUGGCCGGAGGCCAAAAAGAAGGCCGAUCAAGUGCGACAAUGGGGAAUUGAGCAACUCCUGGCAAAUUGGCGACGUGCCAAGGGAAAAGAACGCGAUGCUCUUCUUUGGGGCGACGAGGUGCGCAGUCGAUCUUCAGCCACCUUUCUUUUCGUCGAAUACCUUGUGGUAGCCGUUGACGAUGCUGCGAAGAAAGCCCGUUUAUCUCUCGCGCAAGCUGAAAUCCUCAAGUCCCUUGCACGGGAUGAGGCUCUAUGGAAGGCAGGAUCUAAUGAGAAUAAUGGCAAUGGAGACCACGAUGGCGAGGAACCCCCUCACUUCCACCCCGAGUUUGGACGGUUCAUGCUCGAAGCUACGCCAGGGCAGCCUUGGGGCAUCGGAUUCAAGGAUCUGCUGAAAGUGGAGUCGAAUAUGAAAUGGAGGCGAGAGGUUGCGAAGGCACACAUGGCACCAAAUGAAUCACCUAUCACCUUGACUACUUUCCCACGGCUGGGAACAAAGGAUGACUAUAUUCAGCCAUAUUACCCUCCGUCCGGUCCCGCACUACGCUCUCAAUUCGUGCCCGAUGAAAUUGCCAACCCACAUAUUCGAUUCCCAACAUUAGCGGCCAACAUUCGGACACGGAGAGGGCGCAAGGUUGCAUUGAAUGUGCCUGUUUUCAAAGACCGGAACACUCCCUCUCCAUUUAAAGACCCUACUAUCAAUUAUGACCUUCACACGUGGCCUGAGGAUGCCGAUGUCCGCAACGGUGCCGCUAAAGAUGACCAUGUGUAUAUGGACGCCAUGGCAUUCGGCAUGGGCAGUUGCUGUUUGCAAAUCACUUUCCAGGCCAAAAACAUGACCGAAGGCAGAAAACUUUAUGACCAGCUAAGCCCUCUUGGCCCGAUUCUGCUCGCGCUUACUGCGGCAACGCCCAUUUACAAGGGAUUCCUUGUCGACACGGAUGUGCGCUGGAAUCAAAUCGGCGGUGCGGUAGAUGACAGAACUCCUGAAGAACUUGGCGAGGCUCCUCUCAAAAACGAUCGAUGGAGAAUUCCCAAGUCUCGUUAUGCUUCAAACUCAACUUAUAUCUCACAGGAUCCUCGGUUGCGCAAGGAAUAUCUUGACCCAGAUCUCGUUAUUGACAAAGACAUUCAAAAACGAUUAAUGGAAGGGGGGAUGGAUGAGUUACUGGCAACACACUUCGCACAUCUCUUCAUUCGUGACCCCCUAGUCAUCUUCUCUGAGGAUUUAGAGGAACUCGAUCUGAAUAAAGGAGAUCAUUUUGAAAACCUCCAGUCCACCAACUGGCAGCACAUGAGAUUCAAACCUCCACCUUCAGAGAAGGACGAUAUCGGCUGGCGUGUGGAGUUCCGGUCGAUGGAGAUUCAAAUCACCGAUUUCGAAAACGCAGCGUUCAGCAUUUUUAUCGUCCUUGUUACCCGAGCCAUCCUUAGCUUCGAUCUCAAUUUCUAUAUCCCUAUUCAACGCACAACGGAGAAUAUGGAAACCGCUCAUGCUCGAAAUGCUGUUCUUGAUCGAAAGUUCUACUUCCGCAAGGAUCCUUUUCCACGGAGAACUCCCAGACAUAUGCACGCACAGCAGUCUUCCAAUGGCAGCACCUUCUCCUCGACUACUUCUUCGGCUGUCAACACUCCACCUCCAUCGCCACCGCUUGGUCCAGUUGAAACAGAGUUCGAGCUGAUGAGCAUUUCAGAGAUUAUCAACGGCUGCGCAGACGGCUUUCCGGGUCUGAUUCCGCUCGUGGAGUCUUAUCUCAACAGUGUCAAUGUUGAUGUUGAAACACGCUGCUUCCUCGCGAGCUACCUCGAUCUGAUCCGGAAACGUGCCGACGGAACCUUGUGGACUGGCGCCAAAUGGAUCCGUGAGUUUGUGGCCAAGCAUCCAAGCUACAAUCAUGACAGCGUCGUUUCUGAAGAGAUCACGUUCGAUCUAGUCAAGGCAGUUGAAGAGUUGACUGCUAAAGAGGGCAAGCAUGGCAGCGUUGGCUGGGAGCUCCUUAGAGGGAAAAAAAUUAGAUAA